AGGAUCUAGCCCAUAACAGGACUGCAGUGAGUAUUUAAGUCUGAGAGAGGUAGUUAGCCAUGUUUGACUGGUCAGGCAGAAUGCAGGCUAGAUACACACUUUAUAGAUUAACUGAAGUUCACAAGACCUUGUGCUGUCUCUCUCUAUAUCUCUUAUUUAGUUUGCCUAUAAGGUGCAUAUUUUCAGGCUGCAAUAGCCAAUUUAAACCAAUACACUUAAGUGGGACUGACUUCAGUUAAAUAGAAUUUAGUGUUCUGACUCACCACUGUAAUGACAAGUUGUGCUCAAAGGCAACAGUAAAGGUUUGCUUCUCAACUUUUACUAUAUACCAGACAACUGGAAUGGAGGAGGGCACAUGUGAAGACCUAAAUCAACCAGGAGAUAUAUUUACUGUAGCCUCUUACAUCAUGAGACUGUUAUUGGAAAAUGGGUUACUAUUAAACAUUGUUCAACUGGCUCAGCUCACCGCAUGGCUACCGAUUACACUUCUGUGGACUUCCUCUUCUGCAGUGAAACAAGCACGACCACCAAUCUUCCAGAGAAAGCCUUUUAUAGCUGCCUGGAAUGCUCCCACAGAUCUGUGCUCUCUAAGAUACAAUGUGAUGCUGAAUUUGAGAAUGUUCCAUGUGAUUGGAAGCCCAUUAGCCAGGGCAAGAGGGCAGAAUGUGACCAUAUUUUAUUUCAACAGAUUGGGCUUUUACCCCUGGUACACAUCACAGGAAAUCCCUGUUAAUGGUGGUCUACCCCAAAACUUCAGCUUGCAAACUCAUUUGGAAAAAGCUGGCCAAGAUAUUAACUAUUACAUUCCAGCUGAGAACUUCAGUGGAUUAGCUGUUAUAGACUGGGAAUACUGGAGGCCUCAGUGGGCUCGCAACUGGAAUACAAAAGAUGUUUACAGACGAAAGUCAAGAAAACUCAUUUCUGAAAUGCAAGGAAAUAUUUCAGCAAAUGACAUUGAACAUUUGGCCAAACUUUCCUUUGAAGAAAGUGCAAAGGCUUUCAUGAAGGCAACAAUUGAGUUAGGAAUUAAAAGCAGACCCCUAGGCCUCUGGGGAUAUUAUUUAUAUCCCGAUUGUCACAAUUAUAAUUUCUAUGACCAGAACUACACUGGUUCUUGCCCAGAGAGUGAAAUUUUGAGGAACAAUGAACUUUCCUGGCUUUGGGAUAGCAGUGAAGCUCUGUAUCCUUCCAUUGGCAUUAAGAAAUCUCUCGGAAACAGUGAAAACAUAUUACGCUUCUCACAAUUUAGGGUCAAUGAAUCCAUGAGGAUCUCCUCUAUGACAUCCCAUAAUUAUGCUCUGCCUGUAUUUGUCUAUACCAGACUAGGUUAUCGAGAUGAACCUUUGGUAUUUCUUUCUGAGCAAGAUCUUAUUAACACUAUUGGAGAAAGUGCUGCCUUGGGAGCUGCUGGCAUCGUUAUUUGGGGAGACAUGAAUUUAACUUCAUCAGUGGGCAACUGUACAAAGGUGAAACAAUUCAUUGCAUCUGAAUUAGGGGUCUACAUUAUCAAUGUAACCACAGCAGCAGAGAUGUGCAGCAGGCAUCUUUGUCACAACAAUGGGAGAUGUGUACGAAAAAAGUGGACAGCCUUGGACUACCUGCAUUUGAAUUCUAAAAACUUUAGAAUAGAAAUUUCAGAGGACCAAGAAUUUACAGUGAGGGGAGAAGCAUCGAGCACAGAUCUGGAAAUGAUGUCAAAGAAAUUUGUUUGUCACUGCUACCAGGGGUAUGAAGGAAUUGAUUGUAGGAAAGUUAAGACUUCUGAUGAGCACUCUGGCAGUUCUGCAAAUUUCCUCUUAUCCAGAACAUUAGUCAUGAUAAGCCUGUUUCCUUUGCCUUUAUAUUUGUUGGAUAUUCAGUUAUGAGAUCAUUGAGCUGAAUAUGUUUUUCUUGACCCUACAUUUUCAAAGGACUCACUAAGGUAGUCGUGAAGGAUUAUGACAUUAUUCCAUCGCUUUUUACUCUUCAGGUAAUGAAGGAAUUAAAAUAUUACUUGAAUGCUAUAGAAAAUCAGUCACAAAAGAAGGAAAUUAUUUCUGACUCAGAGACUUACAUGUAUUCUACUCACUGACCAGAGGUUACAUUUUAAAAUCUUAUUUUAUAAUCUUAACCUACAUUGUGUGCAUAUGUCAAAAUUUCUAUUUUGUUAACAAAUUCAAUUAAUUUAUCAGAAGAACUAAAAGAGUGAGAGAUUUCCAGAUUUCAUAACUCUCUGUUUCUAAGGGAGAAGUCACACAAGAUCAGAUCAAUAAACACUCUGGCUCUAUUGCACAGUCAGGUGAUGCUACUGGAAUUCUUCUUUCCCAGGCAUUGUGUUUGAGACUAUUUUGUACCAAAGAAGCUGCAGCAUGUCAGGAAAUCUGGUCCCCUGUUCACAUUUUUUUCAUUCUUGUAUUUUAAGGACUUGUCUACAUGGGGAAUUGGUCUGGACAAACCAAUUACACAAGAAUUAUUCCACAAAUAUUCUUUGAAACGCAUUACUUAUUCACUUCAAGGGGGAUGUGGACAACAUUGAGAGGGUCCAGAGGAGGGCCACCCACAUGAUUUGGGGACAGCAGAACAGACCCUACAAUGAGAGGCUACGGGACCUGACCCUGUUCAGCCUUCACAAGAGAAGGCUGAGGGGGGACCUUGUGACCAUCUAUAAACUCACUAGGGGGGACCAGAAGGGUUUGGGGGAGACCUUGUUUCUCCUAGCGCCCCCCGGGAUAACAAGGAAUAAUGGCCACAAGUUGUUGGAGAGUAGGUUUAGAUUAGACAUCCAUAGGAACUACUUCACAGUUAGGGUGGCUAGGAUCUGGAACCGACUUCCAAGGGAAGUGGUGCUGGCUCCUACCCUGGGGGUCUUUAAGAAGCGGCUUGAUUCCUACCUGACUGGGGUCACUUGAGCUCAGUUUUCCUCCUGCCCAGACAGGGGGUUGGACUUGAAGAUCUACAAGGUCCCUUCCGACCCUACUUCUAUGAUUCUAUGAACUAUCUCCUUGGGAGAGAUGUUAGAUUUCUUUAUGCAUUUUUUGGGAAAACUAUACCAUUUUUUUUAUUUCUGCUGACAGAUAGAAAAAAGACUCAUGAACUAAGAGUCAAGUAAAAUAUGCAAUAGGUCAUAAUAAAUUGUAAUGGUCAGCCAUGUCAAGCAUAUCAUUUUUAACUUUUAGAGGUAAGAUUGCUUAGUUUUUAAGUGUUUUUACCAAGCCUUUGCCUUUUCUUGUUUAGUAGCAGUAACAACUAGGACCACGUGAAGCUUGGGGUGCUGAUUUGAUUUAGAGGAGAUUCGGCCCAAUUUGGUGGCCGAAUCUCCAAAUCCGAAUUGAAUCACAGACCAAUAAAAAGGUUUGAAUCAAUUUGAAGCUCUCCAAAUCCUCGGAAAAGAUUUGGAGAGCUUUGAUGAUUUGGGCAGUCCCCGCUGGCUGCAGCAAGGAGCUGGAGCCAGACUCAAAGCUGGUAAUUAGGGCAAGGGAGGGGGGGGCUGGAGGAGGGGGAAGGGGACCAUGGAGGGACCCCUACCAGGCCCCAUCCCCUGCCUGCUCCCUCAGCUCCCCCAGUGCCCCCUGACCCCCACCCACUCCCCCAACC